UUUACGCACUCUCUCUAGCUUACAGAGAAAGAAAGGAGGGAAAGAAAGUAACCGCUCCGACGAUGUCGGGUUUCUCGUUCGGGCCCUCCGCCGCCGCGGCCGGGUCCUCCUCCGUCGCAACCGCGUCCCCCUUCGGAUCCUCCUCUGGGUUCACCUUCGCUCCUUCCUCCGCCGCAAACCCUAGCUCCGCCUCCGCCUCCGCCUCCCCUCUCUCCUUCUUCGCCCCCUCCUCCGCCUCUCCCUCUCCCUUCGCCACCGCCGCCGUCUCCAACCCUAGCUCGUCCCCCGCUCCCGCUCCCUUCUUUCGCCUCUCUUCCUCUUCGUCGAUUUCGUCGGCGUUCUCCGCUCCUUCGUUCUCAUUCGGCUCCACGCCGGCGGCUUCGGCGCCGUCGCUCUUCGGCACGCCGUCGUCGGCCGCGUCCGGAGGAUCGUCGCCCUUCGGAAUGGCUCAGCCUGCCGCGAGCGUGUCGCCGUUCGAGUCGAGUUCUCCUUCGAUAUUGUUCUGCUCGUCGGGGACCUCCGCUUCUUCUCUGUUCGGUACGCCUGCGCCCUCUUUCAGUGCGAGCUCGGGUUCGUCCUUUUCUGGAGCGGCCACUUCCGGUGUGCCUCUUUUCGGAACGUCUUCGAGUGCAAGCUCGCCACCGUUCGGUGCGGCUCCAACGUCGUCAUCAACGUCGACUACAACCGCCGCUCCGCCUUUGUUUGGGACGCCGUCUUCCUCCGCGGCCUGCUUUAUAGCGUGCUCAUUUGGAGGAACUGCUUCAGCCGCUAGUUCUAGGGCGCCAUUGUUUGGGACAGCUUCAUCUCAAGCACCUUCUGCCACCACCGUCUCUGCUUUUAGUGCCCCUGCUACAACUUCUGCAGCAACAACAGCUUCUAGUGCCAGUACAACUGCAGCUCCUACAUCAUCUCUUAGCGUAGCUUCUAGUAAUGGAACAACAUCAAGCCUCAGCUCCGCAGCUGCUAUACCUUCAGAGAUUGUGUCCAUGGCCAUGUCGACAUCGACAGCUACCACACCUUUGCAGGAAGCAAACAUAGGCGCAGUUGAUCAAUCAAGUGUGCGAACACCAGAACCAGCUGAAGAAUCGACUGCUGAUCUUUCAGACGUCGAGUCGGCUGAUCUAGAUGCAGUAGACGAAAUCCUGGGAGUAAUAGAACCAAGAUAUGAAGAGCCGUGGCUUUGGUAUCUUGGUUCUGACCCUUCUGACUCUUUGACACCCGUGGCUUUCGAUGAUGUUAAGGCUAAAUGGGAGGAGUUAUACCAGCUGACAAAAGGAGGGUACUCCCAGAUUGCUUCUAACUCAGCCCUCGAAUGCAGAAUAAAACAUCUGCUUGCUGAGUUGAGUUCUGGCGAAGACUGCUUCAUCAAGACUCCUGAAUUUCGGCAUGAGUGCGAAGAGUUUGCCAAACAUUUUGCGUAUGGCACUGAAGUCUAUAAACUGAACUGUGACAAGAUAGAGUCGUCGAUAGCUGCUGAAGAAGGUUUCGACAAACUGGAAGACCGACUGACUGCAGGAAAGCAAACUCUAAAAGAACAUCGCAGUUCUUAUCAGGCUGCCAUGGACAGGAAGGCUGAGCUUACAGAGGAGAAAGAAAGACUGGAAGCGCUUCUUGCUGAAGUUCAACGCCAGAUAGAAUCGACCCAACUUGAAGUUCAGCGUGAAGGGAGGUCUAUGAAGCAACAGCUUCGGGAUGUCGUUGCAACCGUGCAGGAAUAUGAUCGACAACAAGCGGAAGUCGACAGGCAUUUAUCCAUCAGAAGAGUAUGUGUUGCUAAUAACAAGACAUUGGAUGAAGACCUUUCGGAUUUCAGGAGAAGUGUGAAGAAGCUGAUUGAUGAUCCGGAAUACAUAGUAAUCUAGUUAGCUCUCUUUAAGUCCCGACUGUCUCGCCGCAUUUUCAAUUCUCGUGUAUCUCUUGCAUCUGUCACAUAGUUGGAUAAGAAACUUUUUAGGUACUUGCCAUUAAUCGGUUGUGGUAAUAUAUCACCAUCCAAGUCCAUCAAUCGAUAGGCGUUGCCACUUA